UAAUCUAUUCUGCUCUUCCUCCAAAAUCAAUCAAGCUCUCUUUCUCUCUCAGUCGGAGGAUGCCGGUGAAUCUGACGGCGCACGCGAUCCCGGCGAUCGUAGCAGGCGACGUUAACUCGAAGCCACUGUUGCAGGUUCUGGAAAUCAAGUUGAUUUCGAACAGCAAGCAGCAGGAGAGGUACCGGCUUCUGCUAUCCGAUGCGGUUUCUUCUCAGCACGCUAUGCUUGCCACUCAGCUCAACGACCGGGUCACAACCGGACACGUUAAGAAAGGUUCAAUCGUUCAGCUCAUCGAGUACAUUUGCAGUCCUAUUCAAAACCGCAAGAUUGUUGUGGUGCUGAACAUGGAAACUAUAAUACCAGAAUGCGAGAUCAUUGGAAAUCCAAUAUCAUUUGUGGAAUCUGAUUUACCAUCCCAGGGUGGUUCACUAAGUAAUACAAUGCAGAACUUGUCCAAGAGUAGUUAUUAUCAGCUGCCACCGCAAAAUACAAGUUAUAAUGUCGAGAAUUUCCAGCUGCCACCGAAGAAUGCAAGUUCCUAUGUGCAAAAUUCCCGGCCAACUGUUCAAACUGCUUACAAACCGCCACCAGUUUACAAAGGCCAAGGUGCAAUUCUGAGGAAUGAGGCCCCAUCACGUGUUAUUCCUAUAUCUGCUCUGAAUCCUUAUCAAGGUCGGUGGGCCAUCAAGGCAAGGGUGACUGCAAAGGGGGAUCUGCGCCGCUAUAAUAAUGCCCGGGGAGAUGGUAAAGUCUUCUCCUUUGAUCUCCUUGACUCUGAAGGUGGUGAAAUACGAGUGACCUGUUUUAAUGCUGUUGUUGAUCGAUUCUAUGAUGCGAUUGAGGUUGGAAGAGUUUACUUGAUAUCCAAAGGUAGCCUGAAACCUGCACAGAAGAACUUUAACCAUUUGAAGAAUGACUGGGAAAUUCUUUUGGAGUCGACAUCAACUGUUGAACUUUUCCCCGAGGAAGAUGGUUCUAUACCUAAACAGCAAUUUUCGUUUAAGCCUAUCAAUGAUAUUGAGAACGUUGACAAUAACUCCAUACUUGAUGUCAUUGGGGUUGUGACUUGUGUGAAUCCAUCAGUUCCCAUCUUGAGGAAGAAUGGAAUGGAAACCCAGAAAAGAAUUUUGAAUCUGAAGGACUGGACUGGAAGGAGUGUUGAACUGACCCUUUGGGGUGAAUUUUGCAACAAGGAAGGGAAAAUUUUGCAAGAAAUGGUCGAUGCUGGAUUGUUUCCCAUUCUGGCAGUCAAAGCUGGGAAGGUCAAUGACUUUAGUGGAAAAUCCAUAGGGACCAUCUCUGCCACACAGUUUUUCAUAAAUCCUGAUUUUCCUGAGGCACGUAGCUUAAGAGAAUGGUUUGAUCGAGUGGGAAAAGAUUCUGCUUCUCUGUCCAUUUCUAAGGAUAUCAUACCCGGAGGAUCUAAGAAUGAUGUACGUAAAACUCUGUCUCAGAUCAAGGAUGAAGGUCUUGGGCGUUCGGAUAAGCCAGAUUGGAUAACAGUGAGGGCAGCUGUAUCUUUCAUCAAGACAGAUUCGUUCUGUUACACAGCUUGCCCUCUGAAGAUUGGAGAGCGACAGUGCAAUAAGAAAGUGACCAAAUCAGGAAACUCGAGGUGGCAGUGUGAUAGGUGCAACCAAGAGUUUGAUGAGUGCGAUUACCGGUUUCUUCUUCAAGCUCAAAUUCUGGAUCACACUGGAAUUGCUUGGGUAACUGCUUUUCAGGAAACAGGGGAAGAGAUUAUGGGCUUCUCGGCGAAGGAAUUGUACUUAUUGAAGCAUGAACAAGAGGAUGAUGAGAAGUUCAUAGGAAUAAUCAAGAGUAGACUGUUCAAUGAGUUUGUCUUGAGGCUGAAAAUCAAAGAGGAAUUAUAUGGUGAUGAACAGAGGUUGAAGAUUACAGUAGCAAAGGCAGAUAAGGUGGAUUACUCUUCGGAGUGUAAGUACGUGCUUGAUUUGAUUUCGAAAUUCGGUAGGCAGUAAUUAACUAAUUGUAAUCUGAAUUCCGCCAUGUUUCUUCACACACAACCCCCUCUACCACUAUUAGCGAUUUAGCGUUCAAUUUAACAUAGAACCAGUCAGCAUGAGAGAUGGGCUCAUUACAAGGUUGAGAUUUAGAUACUAAUUUCAAGUUCUGAAUUUCUGCAUUUCAUGAUUGGGAGUAUGCCUUAAUAUGUGAUGAGAUAUGAAGGUAAUAAUAUAUUUGACAAUUAUCAUUCUGCAGUCUAACUUCAAAAUGUCUAAUAUUAUAUGUAAGAGUGUUAUCUACCUCGCGUAUGCUGGUAGAUUUGUUCCCAUGCAGCAGAAUAAGAAUAAGAAAAAGAAAUUACGCUGUAAGAAUAAGAAAGCUUGUGGUGAUGAAUAGUAAUAUAGUAUAUAUUACACACAGAGUUCAAUAUCAUUAAUGGAAGAUCAAGACAGAGAUGCAUAUCAUAAAAUGAGUGAAAAUCUAACACUCCCCAGAGAGCCUCAUAAGUUCUCUCAGCUUCGCUUAACAGGAUCGAAAUUCGCAACACCGAUGACGGCACCAACGAUUGCUACAGCCACAACUCCACCAGCCGCGAUGCUGAGCAAGAAGUUCUUGAGAGAAGGAGUGACAGCAGCUUCAGCCACAUCAGGAACCAUCAUCGACGCCGUCAAUGCAGCCGCCGUCAGCCCCGUCACGACCUUCUCCUUCAUGGAUGCCCUCACCUGAACCCUUCCACUGGGUUUUGAUACUGCCACGGCCUUUGAAUUACGCAGUGGGAGUGGCUUGAAGAAUGUCUCGGAGCAUGGCACCACCCUCUUCUGGCCUGCGUAAGUUAGUGGCAUGGCCAUCGAAACUGCUGAAGUUGAAGCCAUUCCUUUUCUCUCUCCUUCUUCUGCUUCCACUGCUUUGGUUUACUU